AUGCCAGAAGCUAAACCUGAUGUGGCUGAAACCGAAGAGGCCCUUUCCAAGAGUGUUGCAACGUUGAUGAAACCAAAGAACCUGGACAUGAGAGUGCUUUUACGUGCUGCUGUGUGCGCCUCCAGGGAUAAGGUCAACGACGCCGUCAUCAAGUUCUCCCUGACCACCGAGUCAGCCAUGAAGGAAGUAGAGGGCAACAACACACUUGUGUUCAUUGUGGAUGCCAACACCAACAAGCACCAGAUCAAACAGGCCAUGAAAAAACUCUAUGACAUUGGUGUGGCCAAGGUGAAUACCCUGACAAGGCCUGACAGAGAGAAGAAGGUGUAUGUUCAGUUGGCUCCUGAUUAUGAUGCUCUGGAUGGUGCCAGCAAGAUUGGGAUCAUCUAA